GCCCAACAAAUUCUCUUUGUAUCUUUGUUCUUCUGUGUUGUCUUCUUUUUCAAUUCUAAUUUCUAAACCCUCCCCUGUUAUUAAAAAAAAAACAAUUCAACAAGAAGAAAUGGAAAAGAGAAAGAAAGAGGAACCACCAACUACAGAUUACAUGGAUAUGAGGUCUACAAAAAUGGAACUCAAAUCUAUCAUGAAAGACAUUCAGUAUAUGGGAUCCUCCCAUAUGACAUGGAAAGACAAGAAGGACAUGGAGAAUAGAAAAGUACUUUCUUUUGGGGGAAAGCCUCCCAAGAAACAGAGAUUACCUUUAAGCGUGGCACGUGUGCCAAUGAAACGACAGAAAGAAAGGGAACAAAAGAUGUUACAAGAGAACAUAAUACUUGGACAUGUUGGUGGGAAGCGUGGCAAUCGUAGUAAACGGGCAUCAGAUACACGUAGACGUGAGGAUAGAGUACUGAUGUCAAAUGCUGGACAUUUUAGGAAUGGUGUUCUUGAUGUUAAAGAUUUAUUGAAAUCUAGUUCCUCUUCUAGGGGUGGCAGUGGUUCCAGAAGCUACGGGUUUGGUGGUGAUUCUAGCUUUGGUGGUGGCUCGAGUGAUCGUGCGUCUGGUAAAGGUGGCAAGAAGAAGGGUGGAAAAAGGAAGAAAGGUGGUAAAGGUGGUAGUAGGAAACGCCAUUAGAGCAUAAAAUAUAUGUAUUUUUGUUGGUUUCGGAAUGGUUAACUAGUUUUGAAAUGAGUAACUGAUGUACGUUUUGACAAAUUACCGUCAUCAAUUUUGUAGAAGCUGAUAAUAUGUUUUCCGGGCUCAUAUCUAAUGGUAGAUGAUAUGGGUAACAUGUUUUAUGGUUACUGUGUAUGUAUAAUUAACGAUUUUAAAAGGAUAUUUCUCAAUUAUUUA